CGGCGCGGGCGGGCGGCGAUGGCGGCGCGCGUGUCGGGGCCGCGCGGGCUCCUGGCCCUCCUCGUCGUCAGCGGGGUCCUUGCUGGCGCCGCUGCGACAAGUCCGAACAUCGUAGGUCUCGUAACUGUCAGUUCUGGCAAGCUGAUCCUCUCCUGUAACAUGACUGCUCCUUAUGCUGUCAUUGAGGGCCAUGAAUGGAUGAGUGGAGACAAGAUACUUCAAACAGACACAGAACCGACUGCUUUUACCAGUUACGUAAUUGAGGGGAAGGUGGAAGAGCACUCUGGAGUGUAUGACUGUAUCUACAAAACAAGCCCAAUGAUAAAAGGACAAGUGAAUAUAUCAGUUCCACCCCAAGUGGUGGCAUACAAGAAGUCUGAGCAUGGGAAUGAGGGGGACACAGGAGUGCUAACCUGCAAGAGUUCCUCUUUCCCCUCUGUCAAUUCUUGGGCCUGGUACAAAAAUGGUCAAGAGCCGAUCAUCAAUGGUUCUGGUCGAUUCAUUAUCAAGUCCAGUAGCAACAAAACAGAGUUACGCAUUCUUAAACUGAACAUAGAGGAGGAUACAGGCGACUACCACUGCAAUGCCACUAAUUCCUUUGGCUUUGGUGGGGCUAUAGUGAACCUGCGCAUACGCAGCCGUCUGGCAGCACUCUGGCCCUUCUUGGGUAUUGUUGCUGAAGUCCUGGUUCUUGUCACAAUCAUCUUCAUCUAUGAGAAGAGGAGGAAGCCAGAUGAGGUUCUUGAUGAUGAUGAUGGAGGUUCUGCACCACUGAAAAGUAAUGCUACAAACCACAAGGACAAAAAUGUCCGCCAGAGAAAUGCUAACUAAGAGUAGGGGCCAGGUGAUGUGUAGCUGAAGAAUUUGUCUGGACAUUUUUUUCUUCUAAUUUUUUUUGGUAAAAUAGCACCAUGAAUAUCCUAGUGCAUCCUUGCAAUUCAGUUAUUUCACUUUCUAAAGAAACUUAAGUUGUAGAAUCUAAAAUACACUUUUUUUAAAAAAAAUGUUGUGGGGAGGGUUUUUCUACCUAUAAAUGCAAAUCCCUUCUUACUGGUAGUCUAGGUCACUGGCUGUCCCUGUCCUAGGUUUCUUCAUGUUGGUAUAGAGGAGGUGAGUGGGAGCAAAACCUACUUUUGUUCCUUACCUAUGGGAAGAACAAGGUUUCUUCAUGUUGGUAUAGAGGAGGUGAGUGGGAGCAAAACCUACUUUUGUUCCUUACCUAUGGGAAGAACAAGGUAUGUUGGGUAGGGCUAUUUGAAAUGACCUCCUUGCCCCCACAUCAGCUUAUAAGAGGUCAUGAGGAGCUAAGGAGAGCUGACACUGAGCAUGGAAGUGAAAUGUGCACAGCUGCUUGUGUACUGCUCUGUUGGAGGUGGCUGGUAUGACCUGUGUUCCCGGUAGAUCUAUUGUCCUAUUUUGCAUUGGUCAGGAAGAAACUGCUUUGGUAACCUUCUGGAAGUGACCUGACCUGACUGAAGGGAUUAGGAAAUUAUGUGUCUUUGCCAGUGCAUCACCUGGAGCAAGGCUGUAUCUUUCCCUAGGUUUGAGGCAGAGUCUGCUGCUGUGAGGCAUUCAUGCAGAGCCACCAGGCAUGUCUGGUGUGGCUCCUUGGGGAAGAGUGACUCCUUGGGGAAGAAUGACAGAACAACUCAUUGCUCGGUGUAGGACACCACCCCUGGACUCGCAAACAGUGCCAUACUACUUCAGGCAAGCAUCCCAGUCAGCUCCCUCCAGAGCUGCUCUUGUUGCCCUCUUAAAUAAACAAUCAGGAGGCAGUGUUAGAGCAGGAAACUGACUAAAUAUGAUUAGUGUUAACUUAUUUCAUGGGGUUUUGUUAGUAUCUUCUAAAGUUGCUAUAGUGGGGAUAGGGGCAAAGUGUUGGAGUGAACACUGGGGCUGUGGUGCUUAACAGCAUGUAUUCUUGUGCUUAAGCCAUCUUGAUGUUUGUGUGACAUAGGAGCCUGAAGCAGACAAAUGCUCAGUGGAGUCUGUAUUAUCUUUAUUGUUGGGUAGCCUUGAACUAUUCCAUCUGUUAACAUACUUCACAAAUAAAGAUGAUUCCUCUCUUUUUUUA